AGAAAGGGGGAGGAGUUACCGACGCACGCAAAGUGCCCUGUGACGUCAGACGUGCGACGUCUCCCGGAACUUUCUAGAAUGUAGCAGCAGCAUCACGCUAGCUCCCGCCUUGUGGAUUUUUAUCAAGAUUUAUCUUGCAAACUCGCCUGAACCGUCGAAGGCGGCACUAUUGUAGCGGAGUCCUAGCUUCAAGCUAACGUUGGCUGGCCGGCAUCAUGUCCAGGAUAGACUACAGCGUGUGGGACCACAUCGAGGUGUCGGACGACGAAGAUGACACCCACCCGAACAUCGACACUCCCAGCCUCUUCAGGUGGCGCCACCAGGCCCGUGUGGACCGAAUGGAAGAAUUCCAGAAGAAAACCCAAGACCUGACCAAGGGGCUGACGGAGUCCCGUCGCAAGUUAACGGAAACGCAGAAGAAAAUCCAGGAAAUGAGCCUCUCCGCUUCGGACGAGGACAAAGCCGACCUGAGCAAACUGAAGACGGAGGAGAAGAAGCUGAAGAAAGAGGAGCGCGACUGGGACAGGAAGCUGGAGGACCACUGCCGGGAGGAGAAGAAGAUGCCGUGGAACGUGGACACGCUCAGCAAAGAAGGCUUCAGCAAGAGCAUUGUCAACCUCAAACUGGAAGCUGAAGAAGAGUCUGAGGAAGACAAGGAGAAGAAGCACAAGUCCUUUGUGGAAAAAUAUGAGAAGGAGAUCAAGCAUUUUGGCAUGCUACGGCGCUGGGAUGACAGCCAGAAGUACUUGUCUGACAACUCUCACCUGGUUUGUGAAGAGACUGCCAACUACCUGGUCAUCAUGUGCAUCGACCUGGAAGUGGAGGAGAAACACGCCUUGAUGGAGCAAGUGGCUCAUCAGACCAUCGUCAUGCAGUUCAUUCUGGAAUUGGCAAAAAGCCUCAAAGUGGACCCACGAGGAUGCUUCCGUCAGUUCUUUGCCAAGAUAAAGACGACAGAUCAGCAGUAUCAGGACGCCUUCAACGACGAGCUGUCGUCCUUUAAGGACCGGGUGCGUGCCCGGGCCAAGAUUCGCAUAGAAAAAGCCAUGAAAGAAUAUGAGGAGGAGGAGCGACAGAAACGACUUGGACCCGGAGGACUUGACCCUGUUGAUGUGUACGAGUCUCUACCACAGGAGAUGCAGAAAUGCUUUGAUGACAAGGACAUCCAAUUGUUGCAAGAUGUUAUCAGCAAGAUGGAUCCAACGGAGGCAAAGACGCACAUGAAGCGCUGCAUCGAGUCGGGACUUUGGGUGCCCAACUCCAAGCCGGAUGAGGAGGACGAGAAAGAGGAAGACUCCACCUCCGAGGAGGUGAAGGCGGAGCCAGAAGAAGCCAAGAAUGAAUGAGCAUUUGUCUGUUUGCUCACACGCCAGUAGUUUAUGUUUCGCCUAACGCUCAUUUUUGAUUGACUGAUUGAAGCUUUUAUUAUCAUGCAUCCUGCUUGGAACUGCAGCUUGUCUUCUUUAGGUCCAUGUUUCACUUCCAGUCCACUCAUGUUGAGUAUUACUACUCUUUUUGGACCUAGUCCCUCAGCAGUCACUGUCCUCCUAUUUUCUAUAAACGCAACUUCAUGCCAAUUUACAGUAUAUAAUUUAUUCAUUGAACUAUUUCAUGCAUGACUAUCUGGCUCACGGGUUCCUUUCACAACUUGCAUUAGAAGAUUACUAACAGCAGCAGAGCACUCCUGUCAGAUAGAGGAUCUUUGACUAGUGCUUUUGCAGUACGUCCUUUGAAACAGCAAAGUGCUCCUGUCAAAUAGUGUUUUUGCAGUGUAGUAGUACAUCCUCAAAACAGCAGGGUGAGCCAAUCCCAAUAUAGGAUCUUUGACAAGUCUUUCUGCAGUAAAUCCUUUAAAACAGAAGCGUGCUCCUGUCAUUCAGCAGAUUAUUUGUUGGUGUUUUUGCUGCAGGUCUUGAAAACAGCGUAGUGUUUCUUUUAAAUAAAAUAUUUUUGACAAGUG